UUUUCUUCACCGUCACAACUCAUCAUCAUCCGGAACAACUAAUAAAGCAGAGAGACAGACCCCACAAAACCAUGCAUGCUUCGAGUGCAGAACCAAAAGGAAAGUGCCGACACCCAACUGUACCUCAAGUUCCAGAAGUUUGAAUCAAGAGCGGAAUCCUAUAAACCAUACGACCUCCGCAAUGCCAAUAAAACCCCGGUCCAAGUCAUUCGGCUCCUGAGGAGCAACUCUCCACGAGUCCUCAUGGCCUCACUUCAGCACGGAUUUUGUAGGUUACCACCGCCCUGGAAGGGAAUGGCAAGGCGCUACGACUCAGCUGCGGAAGAGACGGUGAGAGAGAGACGAGCCGCCAUCGAGAGUGGCAGGUUGAAGGGAAGGAGAUUGUUCGACAUGCCGGACUCGGGAGAUGGAGAAGCGGAGACAUGCAGUGGGUUAAGUGGUGUAACUGAUGGUGACAACGACGACGACGACGACGAUGAAGAUGACUGCUGUGAUCAGAUCAAGACAAGUGAGGAAGUGGUGGCAGCGGAGGAUGGUGGUCGCUGCUUGUCAUCAUCGUCAUCGUCUUCUUCUCUAGGCACAGGGGAAAUAGAGAAGAAGAGAAAGAUGGUAAGGGGGUUGAUGGCGGGCGGGAGAUGGAUCGGGAUGGUUUCGGUACUGCUCGUGGUUGCCGUGGUCGCCAUGAGAAGCUGUGCAACUGGCCAUGGAGGCGACGGCUAUAUGAAUCUCGUCCCUACUUGACAGACGAGGAGGGAAGUUCAUGAAAACGGCCGUACGCUGCUCAAUUGACGGCCCAAUUCGGCAAAAGCCUUCAAUUCGAAAUCAAUGUUACUAGAUGAAAUGGAAUGGACCAUCUUCAACUUCGACUUCAAGCACCCAAUUGGAAUUGGGGCCAUCUGCAUCUGGAAAGCUGCUACAAAAAGCCCAUCAAGAAGCCCAGCCCGUAUAGUGCUCGGGUGAGCAAGACCCAUAUUCAACUCGGGGGCCUUCGAAAAGGAUCACGAGAAAGGACGAUGGGGAACGUACUCCCCAGCUGCACAUGACCCGACAGCAUCCUCGGAUUUGGAUUAAACUUUGCGGAGAUUAAGGUUCAUUCCAAAACAUAAAACGUACGUAAACGCAUAUAAUCAGCCGCAUCUGCUCUGCUUCUGUUAAUAUUCCCUGAUCACGCACUUAAAAACUGUUAAAAUAACGGGUGUGUCCCCUAUUCCUCGCACUAUUCUCCAUCUUCAUUUAUCUUGUAAGUAGCUUUUCACUGAUAGGCGGGCGAGGACUAAUAACGGGUGUUUAUAUUCCCGUCCGGGCCUUUCUUUUCAUGUUGCGACUUUGAUGGUGCGUGCAUGCUUUGGAUCGCAUUGUAUCGUAUCAGCUGCGAGCGGGGUUCUUUCUUUCUGCAUCACUCUCGCACCCCGUGUUUUUAGGUCUUCUCGUGGGGUACCACGAUGUGUCACCGUGAAGCCACAAUGAUGUUACUGGGAGGGGUGGGGUCCAGGCUCUUGAACGGAGGAAAUCAUGGCGUGCAUGGCCAAUCAAUCAAACCGACGUUUACCGUCGUGUGUUGUGCUUUACUGGUGCAUAAUGUGACGUUUGAGCUGCUUUAAGGUUCCAUUAUUUGUACGGUCCGAUGGGGCUUGUUGCCCUAAUCUGGCGUUGCAAGGCAUGAGAAAGUUCGUCUUUUGGGUCUAGGAUUCUUUUUAAUCACGGGUACGACAAGAGAAGGCAUCGACACGUUGGGUGCGUGUAUCCUCUGGAAUAUAAGUUGGUCCAGAUGGACUUGCGGAUGGGUCGUUCAUGAGUGAAUAUUUGUCAUCAUUAUAACAUGGAUUUAACUUUUUUACCAUCA